CUCUGCAUUCACUUCCAUUCUUCUUCUCCCUAUUGCUCCCUAUUCUUUACUCUAACUUAGGUGAAUGAAAAGACGUGUAUAUAUACAUACAUACAAUCUAUUACAAUCUGAAGGAAAUUCCUAUAACUAGAAAAGACACAUCUCACACAUGAUAGAGAACUAGUUAUAGAGAUUUUGUUGCAUAAUGGAAGAAGACAGGUCACAUCAAUCACAUUACAUAUAUCUUUUGAAAAAUCUCCCGACUUGUUUGGCAACUCUUUUCAAAAAUGAAACAGAAGAAGAAAAAUCUCAAAAAAUAGCUGUUGCUCUAAUGACUUGUUUUGAUGUGUAUAUAAGAAAAUAUGCAUUUACUGAAGUAAGAAAUUUUAGAACUAAGCAAAUUGUCCAGAUAUAUGACUCACUUCUUAGCAAAGGAAAUGAAUAUGUGUUGUCUCCUGAAGCUUGGCAAGAAGCUUUGACAUUGGAAGCAAAAAGAGAAAAAAAAUUUGUUAUGAACGCAAUGACGACUAUUACUAGAGAUAAAUUUGUUCAUUUGAUGGAGGAAUAUGGGAUACGGUCAGAACGAUGGUAUUUACUUCUAAAUUUGUUAUUCAGUGUUCAAAAGAAUAUGACAAUUUGGCCUAAUGGUAGUGUGGAGUUACCACCUGGAAAGAGAAUAGAUGAUAUCAUGAACAUAAUCUAUAGAGAUGAAAUAGAACAAACUCAUAUAUUUACAUAUUCACUAAUUACACGUUUACGGAAAUUCUACUCCGUUAGAGAAAUUGUAGAAGUAUUGAUUAACUAA